AUGGCUACCAGCCUACGCAGAUCAAGAACCAGGAAACGAAAUCACAGCUCUCAGCGAUAUACGAACCACCCUCUGCAAGGCGAAACAUAUGUCAAGAUCCAAUACGACAGACACGUCGCUUCCGAAGCAUGGGUUCUGCUCCCCGACCGCACGAUUGAACAUCUCAUCUGCUAUCCACGUGGUCGAUCGGCUCGACUAGCAAGGAGAAUCACUCCGACCCAUGAGAAUCUCUCUUCGCCCUUCUCCAAUCUUGGUCUGGUCACUGAUAAUGGUGAUGGAGGAAAGAUACGUGAUGAGGAGAAGAGUCCCGUAGAUACGAUCGUCCGAGAUACAAGUAGCAGUAGCAGCAAUAGUCAUCUCAUCUCCACCGACGAGAAGAAGCAACACACCACAACCAUCUCCGAAACAACACCAACCCCAAAACCAAAAACCACAUCCACCCCCAUACCCACCACUACAAUCCCCCACCCCCUCCUCGACCGCGUCAAAUCCGCCCUCAUCCAAAUCGACACUGAGUCGACCCUUCUCCCCAACAACACCAACACCAACACCACCAACACCAAGAAAAAGAAAAACACAAUCAUCUCCCCCGGCAUCCUUCCCCGAGCAGAAUACAUUUCAGGCGACGGACGCAGUUGGAUCGGCACAUACGAUUUACCCACGGGAGAUUUUGUGCGAAGGACUUCGACGUCAUUGGACGCGUGCGAAGAGAAUCUUCAUCAUCAUCAUAAUGAUGUGCCGCGGACAUAUUCUUCCUCCUCGGUGGGCGAAUUGACGGUUGUGCAGUGUCCGUUGGAUGGGCAGGGGAGGGCGAUGGUGAGGUUUCAGUAUGUGACGUAUGAGGAUGAUGGGGAUGAUGGUGGUGGUGGUGAUGGUGAUGGACAGAAUGGAGGAGGGGGAGGUGCUGGCAAGGGAAAGAUGGCGGUGGCGGGGUUUUGGGAGAGAGUUUUGAGGCGGGUGGUUUGUAGGUGA